AUGGGGCCAAGCUUUCCAUUCCCCGCGUCCAUGAUCCCAAUCGUGCCGACGCGCAAGGGGUUAUUGAUUAUAGAUCUGCAGAAUGACUUCAUCUCACCAGACGGCCCUCUUUACACCCAGCAACCAGAAGGCUGGGUUAACCGUGUGCUGGACCUGGUCAAGGCCUUCAGGGACACGCAGUCCGGCGAUGUGAUCUGGGUGAGAUCCGAGUUCCGCAAAAACCGGCCGCUGGUUGAUGGCGAUCGGGUGAUCCAGAUCAUUACCUCACUAGAGGCUCUGCAUGAGGCAGCGGAGACAUCCCGCGGCAGGUCGCCUGUCUCUGUGGUGCACGAUAUUGCUAUCACAGAGAAAGACAAGGAGGCUUUCUUGACACCCGAAGUUGAAAUCCCUGAGGGGGAAGAGCCGAAGACUCCCGUCGUGGUGCCAGGAACCGAGGGUGCGCAGUUUGCGCCUGAAGUGCAAGCAACGAUUGACCGCAGAGAUAUCAUCUUCACCAAAACACACUACAGUGCCUUCGCCGAGGGGCCGUUACUGCAGACCCUCCGCCGUCGCUUCGUCACAACCUUCUACGUCUGCGGAGCGCUCACCAACGUUAGCAUUUAUGCCACAGCAUUGGAUGCAGCGCAGCACGGCUUUCAGAUGACCAUUGUCGAUGACUGCUGUGGCUAUCGUGACGCAGGCCGUCAUCGUGCUGCUGUGAAUAAGCUGGUGCAAGUGACCGGGAGCGAUGUGGUCACAUAUGCUGAAUUGAUCGAGCAGUUUCGGCCGCCGGCACCACCAACGCUCUCGUCUGGUCUGUCGCCGUCCAUUUCAAACAUCGAGAUUGGCAGCAGCAGUGCAGCAUUGAGUGGUGUGCCUGCCGAUGCCAUUCCCAAGGUCUCCAGCUCGGAAGCGGAGUCGUCGGAGCUGCGCCCUAAGGGCCAGCUGCCUCCGCCCAAGCUUAGACCCGGAGAGCUCGAGCCCCAAGCUGCUUCGCCACCACACGCACCCGAAGAGGACCGGGACGAGCGCAAGCAAUCGGAUGAUCAGCCCUGGCCGCAACCUGCGUCCCGCUCCCCGCAGCCAAACCUAUUGGAAGACAGAGUGGCAUUGCGCCCUCUUGAUGACCAGGGUGCCGUCAUCAAGGACACUAGCUCUGCGAGACCUGCCGAUGCGAACCGCGUAACGUGCGAUGAUGAGUCAACGUCACCACGCGACAGCCCGCGGCAGAAGCUUGCAGAAAGUGCGAGAAGUACAGAGAAUCAUCUCCAGAAUGGUGAUGCAACGGCGAGGAGGCAUCCAGAGUCAGAGAGCCCAAAAGGUCCGACCCAAGCCCCGGGGGCUGCGAACACUAAAACUGAGAAGCCCAGGGUAAGACUCCAGCAGCGCGGCGAGAAGACACGUAUCGUCAUCUGCCAGAAGUUCGACGUCGACGACGAUAAAAAGACCUCGUCUACCCCGUCCGCAUCGAAGCCAGACACAGACGCAUCCACGACCGUCCACGCGGACCGCAUCGACCAAGAAAGCAGCUCGAAGAGCCUCGACCCCAGCAGCAUCGAAUCAGUGACCCGGGCUACCGCCGAGCUGAAGUUGAGCGACUUGACCACCCUUCCUCCUGAGAUCACAUCUACUCCUUCGUCCAAGACUACACCGACUCACUCGCAACAACCUUCACCCACCAUGGCUGACCAACCGACCGUCACCUCCUCUGAGCCCCUCUGCGAGGGCGACACGACCAUCUUCUACAACGUCCUGCCUUCCGAACUUGCCGACAUUGCCUUCGGUAAAUUGCUGGAAGAGGUCAGCUGGGCCGGCAUGUCACACAUGGGCGGCGAGGUCCCACGCCGUGUGGCCGUCCAGGGAGAGGUCGCUCCCGAUGGCAGCAUGCCAGUGUACCGUCAUCCGAACGACGAGUCUCCCCCAUUGCUUCCCUUCACGCCAACCGUUCGCAAGAUUAAGGAGGUUGCCGAGAAGAUCGUCGGCCACCCAUUGAACCACGUCUUGAUCCAGCACUAUCGUAACGGCAACGACUACAUCAGCGAGCAUAGUGACAAGACGUUGGAUAUCGUCCAGGGCACAUAUGUCACGAAUGUGAGCCUGGGAGCGCAGAGAACCAUGGUCUUCAGAACGAAGCGGCCCCUCAAGGACAAGGACAAAGACGGUAAGCCUGACGACGACCAUGACAACAACAGCAACGACGAAAAGAAGGCCCCUGCCGGUUCCAAACGCCAGAUCCAGCGCGCCCCGCUGCCCCAUAACUCUCUCAUGCGCAUGGGCCUCAAAACCAACGAGCGCUGGCUGCACGCCAUCCGACAAGACAAGCGUGCCGACCGCGACAAGUCCCCCGCCGAACUGGCCUACAGUGGCGCCCGCAUCAGCCUGACCUUCCGCCACAUCGGCACGUACAUCGACGCCAGCCAGACACUGAUUUGGGGCCAGGGCGCGACGGGUAAGACGCGUGAGGAGGCCAAGCCUGUUAAGAACGGGUUGACGGACGAGGCGGUGGCCAUGUUGAAGGUUUUUGGGACGGAGAAUCAUUCUAGUGAGUUUGAUUGGCAGGAAUGGUAUGGAAAGGGGUUUGAUGUGUUGCAUAUGGGUGUGCCAAAGAGGUUUUGUGUGGGGGCUAAAGAUGGGGCAGUUGGCAACGCUAGUGUUCUGUUGGCUUUGGGGGAGCUAGGGGUUUCGUGUGCCAAGGGGAGUGUGGAGGGCGUGUGUAGGUUCGAGGAGAAUGAUGUUAGUAGGGCGGUUGUGGAGGGGGUCGGGACGGUGUUGAGAUAUUUGGAUGCGGUGUAUGGGAAGGGUAGGAGAUAUGAUCAGCUCUUGCCGGGGGAGGUUGCCAAGCGUUUUACUCUGCUGGCUAAGGCAGAGGGUUUGGCUGUCAGGUGGAAGGAGGUUGGCUCCAUGUUGGGGAAGGGAGGCGUUAGCAAGGACGUAGUGAGGGCUUUGAUGAAGAAGGAGCUGGAGGAGUGGGAGGGCGUCGCGGGCGAGGCGGUUUCUUCUGAGUUUGGUGAAGGGUUAUACAUUUGUGGCGGCGUGCAGGCCUCGCCGGCGGACUUUGGGCUGUGGCCUGUGCUGCAUGACAUGGUGCGCGCUUGUGGGGGCGACGAGGGGCUGUUGGGUGGGGAGAGCGGUUUCUUGAGAAAGUAUUAUGUUGCGUUCCGUGGGCGUGGAUCAGCGGCAAAGGCGCUGGAGUUGUGGAAGGAGUGA